AGUCAGUUGUGUAGUAAUUACAGCAAACGUUGGCUGUCAAGAUUAAGUAAAUUUUAUACUAUAUAUAACUGCAUACCUUUUGUUUUAAAACAGCAGUUAACUCAAAACAUUAGCAUCUACGAUGGUGCAUCUCCAAAAAGCAGCCGUUUGUAUGUUGUUUUUCCAUCUCAUGUCCAUCAAGGAGAGCCAACCGUCUAUUGGAGGUGCUAGGUGUCCCCAACCACCCUUCGUCGGAUCUCGAUUAGGCUGGUGUCGGCAAAGAUAUCGAGAAUAUCCAAAUGGUGUGAGAACUAGAGAGUGGAGUGUACGACAAGCUAAUGGAGGAGACAGAGCAGGACGUCUAGAGAUCUUUUACAAACGCACAUGGAACACAGUGUGUGACAAUGGCUUUGGAGUUAAAGAGGCGCAAGUGGCCUGCAAAAUGCUUUAUUUGCACAGAUGACCAACUUAGUCUGGCUGGCGCACGUCGCAUCAAGAAUGACAUGGGUCGUGUGAACAUCAAUGUCGGGGGAAGAACGAGCAGCUUGUGUGGCAACGUCACCACUGGCUCUGCUGACGUCAUCUGUAGUCAACUGAAGCUUGAAUCAGGCGCAGCACUAAUUACUCGGGCGUCCACCUUUGGUCCAAGGCAAGAAACAGGCUUCGUGAUGAUUGACCUGAACUGUUCAGGGAACGAGACAAAUAUCUUCGCCUGUGAUCACCGCAUCCUUGGUAUUAGUAAUCAGUGUGAUACAGAGGAGCUGGGCGUCGUCUGCAGUAACACAAACGUAUCUAUGUAUAUUGUUACUGUGACAUCUACGACUUACCCACUGUUAGCGGGUACAAAUGUGACUUUAAAGUGUGAGAAUGCACUGCCAGAUGAACGUGCAGAUAACUACACCUGGCCAGAGACCGCCGGUGGUCGUCCUGUCGGCGAGUACCUGAUCUUUGACAAUGUGAGGAGAACGAAUCAUAGAAAGAACGUCAGCUGCUCAGUCGAAUAUGACAACGGCCUGCAACAUGGUCAUAGCGACAGUUUUCUACUGGAAGUUUACUACCCACCGGUGAUCACGAUGACCUCCGAUGUCGCCACGUGUAGUCCACAGACGGCACCACAUGUGUGUGUAGUGACCCGGGGUCACAAUGUUACACUUCUGUGCCAAGCCAAGAGCAACCCACCUCCUGUUUCUUUUAAAUGGUUUGGUAAAACCAGCAGUAACACCAAUAAGUUAAAUAUUAUCGCAGCAGAACCCACAGCAGACGAUGGUCAAUACACGUGCGUUGUAGAAACUCGUCGAGUGACUAAUGAUCAGCGUCUCCCUCUGUCAUCAGAUUACCAACUCACCCUCAUUGUACAAUACCCGUCAUCAGUGCUGAGCUUCAAGCUAAAUGCUGAAGACAACAAGACUGUAAGUGUGUCUAAGAACUCCAAUGUCAACAUGACCUGUGUAGCAAGUGGACGUCCAGCACCUCGCAUGCGGCUUGUCGGGGGGUCAAACCGUCACGAGCUGAUGUCACGAGCUGAGGGCGACAUAGACUCUCACGAGAAAAGCCGAGAGUUAAGCUUCUUCAUGUGUAAAGCUCAGUGCGAAGAUUCUGGUGACUACACGUGUGCUCCAGAAGGAAGAGUUCUGGAGUGGAAUAUCUGUUAUUGA